AUGGUAUGGGCAACAGUUGUGAUAGCCGACUACAUGCUCGAGUUCAGGCUCGAGUUCCUCUGGCCAUUUUGGUUGAUGUUGAGAACCGCAUAUGAAUCCUUCAAGUACCAUGGACUUGUGAUUGCUGAUAAGGGUGUUUGCGUGUCGACUGUGGCACUGUGCUGCUUGGUGGUGUACGUGGAGGGCGCAGUCCGAGCUCGGGCCGUGUUGGAGCUGUGGCGACCGCUCGCCGCUCACUGCCUCGGCUACCCGGCUAUAUCACUCGGCUUUGGAUUCAAGGCUUACGUCGGUCGUCGUUUGCGUCAACGUCGACAGCGUCAAGUUAGAGCUGAGAACGAAUUCUACUUCCAGCUCCUGAGAGACGCAUUGCCGGAGAGUGCUUUGGAACAGAAGUCCGAGGAAAAUAAAGUCAUAAGCAACGGCGAGUGUAACCAGACGAGUCAAACGACACAGACACAGACCCAGAGCCAGAACAACACGCACAUGAUCGGCUCAGUGAAGAGACGCUGUGCGAGGGACCACAACGGAGUCUGUGUGGCGGACCACGCGCUCACCGUCAAGUUGGAUAAGCUAGAAAAGCACAUACAGCGUGACAAAACGCACACGAGCGCUCCGGCCGGUUCUGCGCACGCGCACACUAACGGCUCGGCGGGCGGGGCGGGGGCUGGGAACGAAGAACACGAACCGUGGAGAAGUAGCAAAACAAUCAAGUGUGAAAAGAAAGAGGCUGCUAGUGUUACAAAGAAGAAUAAAAAUAAAGAUAAAGAUAAGGAUAAGGAUAAGGAUAACAGUGAUAGUCAUAAGAGCACAGAUAUAACAAAAGAGAUAUUAUUUAAAGAGAAAGAAGUCGAAAGUACAAAAGAAAGUAUAAAAAAUAAUAAGGAAAUAAAUAGUCAUAAAGAAAGAGAAAGGGAGAGAGAAAAGGAAAGAGAAAGGGAACGCGAAAGAGAAAGAGAACGGGAAAGAGAGAGAGAAAGAGAAAGGAGAGAAGAAAGAGAGAAGGAGUUAAGAGAUAGGGAACGGGAACAGAGAGAUCAGGAACAGCGAGCCCGUUCGUUGAGUACUGAGCUUCGUCGUGUUCGAGCCGAGCUGACAGCGGCGCGCGCGGGCGAGGCGGAGGCUCGUAGGGCUCUAGCACAUGCACAGGAUAACAAAGAGGCCAGAUGGCGUAGUUCCGAGCGUCUGGCUCUGGAGCGUCGUCUGAGCGAGGAGAGACGCGCGCGGACCGCAGCCGAGAACCAGCUGAAAGCACAACAACAGGCCUCUAGGACUCCUAGCGGUGAGUGUGACAGCGAGUGGUGCAGGACGCGGCGUUCGGCGGCGGAGGCCGAGAGCCUCGCGCUGAGGAGGGAGCUUCAGCGGGCCUUAGAGAGGAGCUCCCAGCUGCAGAGAGAACUAGCGGGGGCUACGGACCAGGUCCGUACGUUAGAGGCGUGGGAGGCCCGGGAGGCCGUGGAGAGGUCCCGAGCUGAAGACGCCCUGUCCGCAGUCAACGCCCUGCAGGAACGAGCCGCGCACCUCGAGAGGAGUCUGUCCGCUGAGACGCGGGUCAAACUGGAUCUGCUAUCAGCAUUAGGAGACGCUAAGAGACACAUGCGGAUACAAGAAGGUCUAAUAACGAGACAAGAAAAAGAAAUAGAAGAACUGAAAGCUCAAAUGUUAGCAGUGAUGCCAACAGAAUUCAUGACUCCAUUGACAAACAGCGUGUCCAAGCUUCGACUCCCGGACGGGUCACCGUUGGACCCAAACGCUACAGUGUACACCCCUAAACAACUCUGUUCGGAUGCUUAA